GGAUUGAAGGAAGCACCUCACCCCCUCAGAGCAGACACAAUGUAAGGAGCAAGAGCAUAAGGGCAGAGGGGAACCCCUUUAAUCGGCUGAAACAAGACGGAGCAAAUUGACAGUUGGAGAGACAAAAGGAGGAGGAAAUGGAGGUGGAGUCGAGGGCGCUAGGGGGAGAAAUCUCGAAGGAGAAGUCGAAACAAUCUGGGCUGACAGCAGGAAGAGAGAACUCACCAGCGAGUCAGAUGAGAGAUAUGGAUCCCCUCCAGGCGGAGGAGGGGGAAAUGGAGGUGGAGUCGGGGGCGCUAGGGAGAGAAAUCUCGGAGGAGAAGUUGAAACAAUCUGGGCUGACAGCAGGAAGAGAGAACUUACCAACGAGUCAGAUGAGAGAUAUGGACCCCCUCCAGGUGGAGGAAGGGGAAAUGGAGGUGGAGUCGGGGGCGCUAGGGCGAGAAAACUCGGAGGAGAAGUUGAAACAAUCUGGCGUGACAGCACGAAGAAGGAACCUACCAGUGAGUCAGAUGAUGGAUAUGGAUCCCCUCCAGGCGGCCUUUGAUUCAGAACCAGUGGAUGUCGACCUGCUUCCGGCUAAUGCUAGCACGUCACCAGAAGGUUUGGACUCCCAAAACAACCCGGAAGGCGAGGAGGAGGGGGCACCGCCGCUGCACCUGCCCGUAGAACAGAAACUGGUCGCUAUUGCAGACGGGCUGAUGGGCAAUUUGAAAGCAAAAUAUGGCCCCCUCACUGACAACUUCUGGGACAAGACAUACCUGGAGUUAUUCCCCAUGCUCGACCCGAGUGCCGCGCUAAAAAAUGUGUUGGAAAAUGGAGUGCAAGCGGGGGUGAGGUGGACAGAAGCAUGGCACAGACUGACGACAAUUGUUUUUGCACGAUUUCAAUCAGCACAUGCUGAAACAGCAAAUGAAGAAGAACAGGAUGAAGCCCGAGUUGCAACAGAGAAAGAACAGGCCGUGAGGGCGCAAGAAGAUCCCCUGGCCCUGCAGCAAACAGCCUCGCCGCCAGAUGACCCUCCGACUUGGACGAGAACGUGCCCAUAGAUCUGGUGCGGAAAAGAAAACUAAGACACCUAAUCGAAAUGGGCCGAGACUCUGGUUCCCUAUCGCAGGCGGCCAUGUUACUUAUUCCAGUUCGAAAGAAAAAUGGGAAAUGGGAGGUGGGCUUGUUCCCGGCAGAAAAAUGUAGAUAGGGGGGUGUCACGCUGCAAGGAUGGUCGUCGUUCUGCAAGGAUGGUCGUCAUUCUGGUCGGAGCCAGAAAAAGGUAGACAGGGGGGUGUCACGCUCCUUGAAUGUAAAUCUCUUUGCCUCGUGCAGACCUGAGAAACAAAGCGCAAUUUGGGAC